AUGCCGGCGAAUUCUCGGUCGGUAUGCAUCAUCGGUGCCGGUGCUGGAGGGUUAAUUACGGCUCAAACUAUUCUCAAUGAUGGUUGGGCUGAUCGUAGACUUCCGUCUCUGGCCGAAAUUUCCGAUCCAGAUGCGAUGUAUCACUCUUUGCACACUAAUCUGCCCAAAGAGGUUAUGCAAUUCCGAGACUUCCCGUUCUCUCCGGACCUACCAUCGUUCAUUCCGAGAGCAGCGGUGCAGCGGUAUCUCGAGGAUUUCGUGGACAGCAAUAGGUUGAGAGGAUUUAUCAAGUUCAACGCUGAGGCCGUCAGUGUUGAGAGAUCAGGCGAGUUCCGCUUAAUCAGUUGUUAA